AUGGCUAACAGAAACUGCUUGUCAAACUUAGAGAUUGAAGAACUCUUGAACAAUGGCUCAGAACGUGACAAUCUUUCAGACGACAUUGGCGAUUUUUCAGAAGACGACGAUGUCUCAAGUGAGCUGGAGAGCGAAACCUGCGCUGCUGAUAGAAACAUGGUAGUGACUGCGAAGGACUGCGACACGGACAGACUUCUGGGCAUCGCAUACUCCCUGACAGGCGAGGGCGUUGACCCCAACAACCCCGCCAGCAGCAGCUUCCACAUCGACAGGGACACUGGCGAGAUAUUUGUUCUCAAGCCUUUAGAUCGAGAUAAACCAGACGGCCGACCGCAGUGGAAGUUUACUGUAUUCGCUCAAGAUGAAGGAGGGCAAGGCCUAGUAGGUUAUGCCGAUAUCGAGAUAAACGUCAAGGACAUCAACGACAAUGCUCCCAGCUUUCCCAAGACAACUUAUUUUGGCAAUGUGACAGAAAACGGAACCACAGGAAUGUUUGUCAUGUCAAUGACAGCAGUUGACUACGACGACCCAGACGAAGGAACAAACGCUAAACUUACUUAUACUAUCGAGAAGAAUGUUAUUGAAGAAGAAACCGGAGUGCCAAUAUUUGAAAUAGAAGCACAUACCGGCAUCAUUAAGACAGCAGUAUGUUGUCUUGAUCGCGAGAAAACGACGGAUUACGCUAUUCAGGUUGUCGCCAUUGAUGGUGGAGGAUUGAAAGGUACUGGUACUGCAUCAAUUAAAAUUCAAGAUGUGAACGACAUGUCGCCGCGUUUUACUAAGAAGGAAUGGUUCUGUGAAGUGGAAGAAACUGAUAGCAGAAACAUACCUGAAGAACCAAUUCUCACAGUGACUGUGCAUGAUGAAGAUGAAGCAAAUGAUUUUGUCUACGAAAUCAUCGAAAACAGUGGUUACGGUUCAGAUAAAUUUAUAAUAGUAAGUAACAGCGAUGGAAGUGGUUCUAUUAAAAUUGUUAAGGACCUUGAUUAUGAAGAUCUCAUGCAGAGACAUGGAUUCAGAUUCAAGAUACGAGUUAGUGACAAGGGACAUAAUGCUGACAGUGACAUAUAUCAUACAGAUUAUUCCUGGGUUUCUGUUAGGCUUCUAGAUGUCAAUGACAAUAAACCACAGUUUGAAAAUGACAAUGUUGAAGUGUUUGUCAAUGAAAAUGCUGAAAUUGGAACAACAGUAGGCAACUUCCGAGCUUUAGAUGCUGACAACGGUGGAAAAAGCAAAAUUAAAUAUGUAAUCGAUCGAGCAACUGAUAGGAGGAAACAGUUUUCUAUUAAUAAUGAAGGAGCUGUGUUAAUCCAAAGACAGCUAGAUAGAGAGAACCAUGCUAAACAUCAGAUCAGGAUUCUGGCAAUAGAUGAUGGCGUGCCAGCAAAAACUUCAUCUGCGACUUUAAUGGUAAUUGUUCAAGAUGUUAAUGACAAUGCACCAAGAUUAAUUGAAGAUUAUCAGCCUGUCAUUCUUGAGCACAUACCACCAACUAAAGUUGCAGAAAUUUUUGCUAUAGAUGAUGAUGACAAAUUAAAAAAUAAUGGUCCACCUUUCAAUUUUAGAAUAGACCCAAAUGCAAGCAGUAUAAUCCACGCCUCCUUUAAAGUUGAGUGUGAACAAACUGCCACGCAGGGUGAUGGUAUGGCUGUUCUGUCCUCACUUCGGUCAUUUGACAGAGAACUGCAGAAGCAGUACAUCAUACCAAUUAUUAUAAAGGAUUCAGGGAAUCCUCCAAUGUCUGGCACUAGCACACUAACAAUAACUAUAGGAGACAUUAAUGAUAACAUGAUGCUGCCUGGGAGUAAAGAUAUAUAUGUCUACAACUUCAUGGGCCAAGCACCUGAUACAGAAAUUGGCCGUGUUUAUGUAUAUGAUCUGGAUGAUUGGGAUUUACCAGACAAAACAUUUCAUUGGGAAACUACAGAGCACCCAUUGUUUCAGCUGAACCCAAGCACAGGAAUGAUAACAAUGAGAGAAGGAACACCUAAUGGCAGGUAUAAACUGAAAUUCAGAGUUUAUGAUCACAAGCAUAACCAAGCUGACAUUCAAGCUAAUGUUACCAUAACAGUGCAGAAUAUUUCAGAGGAAAAUGUUGAAUCUUCUGCUUCAGUUCGAAUAGCAGGAGUGUCAGAUGAAGAUUUCAUCAGGACUUGGAGUGAUAGAACAAACACUCACACAGCCAGCAAAUUAAGCAAACUACGGGACAAAGUAGCUGAACUUUUAAACAUUCACAGAGAAACCAUUAUUGUUUACAGUAUUCAGCUUCAUUCAAGAAGUCCACCAAUUACUGAUGUCAGAUUUACAGUUAAUGGCUCAAAAAAGUAUAAAUCAUUUGUUCUGAAUGGUUUAAUUGCAAUGCAUAGGAAUGAGAUUGAAAAAGAAGUUGGAAUUAAUAUCACAAUGGUUGGUAUAAAUGAAUGCCUUCAUGAAACAUAUAACUGUGAAGGAAGUUGCAAAAAUAAUGUCAGUGUGGAUAAAAGGCUCCAUUUAGUAAAUGCUAAUAGAACUGCUUUAGUUGGUGUAAAAGUCCAUGUGAUGCCAGAAUGCACCUGUGCAGUUCACAAAUUUAUCUUGACAGAUAAAUGUCACAAAAGCUUUUGCUUCAAUGGUGGAAGAUGCAUAGAUACAAGAUUUGGCCCCAAGUGCUCCUGCUCUAGUGAAUUUAAUGGUCCACGAUGUCAGCAGACAUCUCGCAAUUUCCAAGGAAACAGUUGGGCAUGGUAUCCUGCUCUUGAAGUGUGUGGCAGUUCACAUCUUAGUUUGGAAUUUAGAACAAAAUAUAAGGCAGGGUUAUUAUUGUAUAAUGGCCCAUUAACUUCUCCAGAUGGAAAUGAAACACUGCUUUCAGAUUUUAUAUCACUUGAAUUGGUAGAUGGGAUGCCAAGACUUUUGGUUGACUUUGGCUCUGGCACAUUAGAGCUCAAAAUAAUAACAAGAAAAGAGUUAAAUGAUGAAGAAUGGCACAGGAUCGACGUUUUCUGGGACACAGAAAGUGUUCGAAUGGUGCUGGACUUCUGUAAAUUUGCGGAUAUUACUGAGCAAGAGGAUGGAAGCUUAUCAAAAUUUGAUUACACAAUCUGUCAGGCUGAAGGUGUUGUACCACCUUUCAGUGAAUACUUGAAUGUCAAUGACCCACUUCAGAUAGGUGGCUGCCACAGACAAGAGUUUGACCCACAGAUGUUCCACUGGCAUGGAGCUCCUUUUACAAAAAGUUUCAAUGGAUGUAUUAGAAAUAUUUAUUACAAUAGGCAGGUAAGAAAUAUUCUACUGGAUCUGGGAUCAUCGGGUUUUUCAUACAGUAAUAGAGGCAACUGUCCUACACAGAGGCACCAAAGCCCAUGCAGUAUAGGGCACACAGGGGCACGUUGUACUGGGUCAGUGCUACCCACAAGUUUUGCCCCAGGGAGCUACAUAAAGUAUGUGCUCUCCUUUGAACCCAACAGUUUCUCCACUGAUCUGCAGCUACGCUUCCGUACAAGAGAAAUCAAUGGGGAACUCUUCCGAGCCAGUGAUAAGCAUGGCCAUGAAUAUGCUGUGCUUGAGAUAAAUGACAGCAAGCUUCAUUUCUAUUACAACCUCAAUAGCCUUCAACCAGAAGAGAAAGAUUUGUGGUUGAGUAAUAUUACAGUCAGUGAUGGACAAUGGCACACAGUAAAGGUGACUCGUUAUGGAUCAGUUUCUGUUUUGAUACUUGAUGAUGGAGAAGGUUUACGAUACAAUGAAAGUUUCAAGUUCAGUGGCCAUCAGCUUUUGGUUGUGGAUAGACAGGAAGGUGUUUAUGUUGGAGGAAAGGCUGAGUAUACAGGUGUUCAUACAUUUGAAGUUCACAAUGACUACCAGAAAGGUUGUAUGGAGGACAUCAAACUUGAAGGGAAACAAUUACCUCUGCCACCUGCUGUUAAUGGAACUCAGUGGGGACAAGCUACUAUGUCAAAGAAUUUGGGUUACAAAUGCUUUUCAAAUGGUCCUUGUAUCAACAUUGUAUGCCCUGAGCCAUUCGUAUGUGUUGAUCUCUGGAAUGAGUAUGAGUGUGCAUGUGGUGAAGGCAGAAUAUUGUCACAUGAUGGAAAUGCUUGUAUAGACCACAAUGAAUGUUUGAAUAUGCCUUGUCUGAAUGGAGGUACUUGUAUAAACCAGGAACCUGAUCUCCGUUAUAGUUGUGUGUGUCCAAAAAAAUAUGGUGGUGUAAACUGCGAGAUGUUGCAAGAGGAACUAACAAUAAAACUGGGCACAGAUGCAGUUGUGGCCUUCUUUGUUUGUAUUAUUGUUAUCUUAUUGUUAAUCUUGAUUUUAAUUGUGUAUAAUGCCAUAUGCAAAGAAGACACACAAAAGAAAAAAGAGGAAGAUUGUGUUGGAGAAAACAUCAUAAAAUAUGAUGAUGAAGGUGGUGGAAAGGAUUCUAUGAUGGAAUCAGAUGUGACAAAUGUGCAACAGGAUAGUAAAAAAUCAAUGGAUGCAUCAACAGAGACAUUAUCCAAGUAUCCUUUAGAUACUGAGCCACAUGUUCCCCCAUCCAUUGAAGACCCUAAUUACAGCAAUAGUCAAAUGGCCUCAGUAGAUGAUCUCCACAAUUUUAUUCAUGAAGGAAGUGGCAGUGUUGCUGGAUCAUUGUCGUCACUGGCAUCAGGGACAGAGGAAGGAGACCAAGAAUUUGAUUUCCUGAGCAAGUGGGGGCCAAAGUUUCAUAAAUUGGCGCACUCAUACAGACAUAAAUCCACAGAAAGUGAAGAAGAAGGUCAACAAGAAGUGUUUGUGGACUGUCAACAAAAAUCGCUGAGUAAUAUUUCAUACAACUCCUGACAGGCUAUUGCAGUUCUGUAGAAUUUUCUGAUAUCUUUACAAAAACACCACAGUGCCUUAUCCAUAACAAACUUACAAAAGUGAAUGUGUGAGUUAAUUUAAUUGACUUUACCUUAUGUUAACAUGUACAAUUUUGAUCUGAAAUGUCUUGCAACAAUACCGAA